AAUUAUUAUUACAAUAAGGAAACAUAGGAGAUGCUUUGAGCUUUGACUGUUUUGACCAAUUUGUUUUAUAUUUGAUAGGAUAAUCUGCCUUUAUAAAAAUGGGAAAACCGAAAGUUAAAAAAUCUGAAGAAACCAACAGACAGUUCGACAGUGACACGAAAUGCAGUUCUAAACAGCAAACUGCAGAGAAAGGCAAUGAAUGGCCUGAUUGGUUGCCUGAUGGCUGGGAUAUGGAAGUCAGAACCCGAAAAAGUGGUCCGCUUAUGGGAUCUGGAUAUAAGUGUUACAUUGAUUCACUGAAUGGAAACAAGUUCUACUCGAAACCUGAGGUAUUACGAUAUCUUGAAACUACAAAGGGCAACAACUGCACUUCCAAGAAGAAGAAAUUCACUAGAACACAUUUUCCAAGCAAGGAGGGGGAGAAACACAUUAACAAGCAUUCUCCAAGCAAAGAGGAGGAGAAACGCACUAACAAGCAUUCUCCAAGCAAGGAGGAUGAGAAAUGCACUAACAAGCAUUCUACAAGCAAGGAGGAAGCUAAAUGCAAUGACAAGCAUUCUCCAAAUAAGGAGGAGGAGAAAUGCACCAACAGUAGCCAGCAUUCUCCAAACAAGGAUGGAGAGAAAUGCAUUAACAUGCACUCUCCAAGCAAUGCUGUGGGUGAGAAGUCCACUGUGGAGGAUCUACCGCUUGGAUGGAUUAAAGAAGUAAAAAUUCGGAAGAAUGGAAAUGGCAUUAAGAAAGAUUGGUUUUAUACUGAUCCAGUGAGUGGAUAUGUAUUCCGUUCCAAGAUGGAUGUACUGCGUUAUCUCGAAUCUGGAGAUAUAGGCAAAUGCGCCAUUAAACCAAGUAGAAGUCAAUAUCAAGAUGAAGACAUCUUAACUCCCUCACCUGCUGCCAAGAGACAGAAACCGAAGCAGUCUACACCGUUGCAAAAGAUUGUUGCCAAAGAACUAGUUGAUAGAAGCAGCUUAGAAUUGCCAGAUGUUAACAACUCAAGGAAAGGGCGACAUGUUAAUGUGCCAUCUGAAAUUAUGGUUGCUCGUAACACCUCAGGUGGAUCUGUUGUAAAGAUGCAUUCGUUAGAGGAUGGAGCUGCAAAUUCUCCUGAAAUGAAGAAAACAUCUGAAGCAGUUUUGAAGUACGAAUCCUUGAAGGUGAAUCACAGUAACAAUAGCAUAUCGAAAAACAAUUUCAAUGUGGGUCAUCGGUUUUCACGGAGACUGGCUGGGAUUGAACCUGUCAAGUUGGCUGACAAUGUGAUCAAUGAUCAGACUCUUCUAUUUCCAAAAAGAAACUUGAGAAAAAAUAGAACCACUCUAGGCACUGAUAUGGAAAAUAAAUCAUCUCAGCAUUUCAAUGGUGUCACGAAAAUUGAGCAGCCAGAGGCAAUGAACACAGGCCAAACUAUUUCUGAAGUAGUUUUCAAAGAACAACCACAUCAACUAGAAAAAGAUAAAACAGAAGGCAAUAAGCCAGAAAUUCAUACCAACUCAAACAAAUCCAGUAAGAAGAAAGAGCUCCUCAUUCCUUGUCGGGCUUCAAAACGACUGGCUGGAUCUGAACGUGGGCUGAUGAACUCCAUAUUCUGUGAAAAAGCUUCCAAAUAUAAAAGCCAAAGGUCUAAAGAAGUCCCAGCUGAAUUGCAGCAAAGUGAGGGUGGCCUGGUUACCGAGUGUACAGAUCAUGCACCAAUAAAUGGAGAGUCAGGAAAUAAAAGAAGAAAAUCUCCUAAAGUCCUUCCUGUUGCAGACAAUCAACUGGAAAAACUUGAAGCAGAUGACGAGAAAUCAGAACCUCCGCUGUCCUUUGCAUUCCACUACUCUUGGUCUGACCCAUGCUUGGAAUUUGCAAUCAAUACCCUCACAGGUGUGUUACCCCCAAUUGAGAAUUCUGUUGAUAACAGAUCCUCUACUGUCCUUGAAACUGAUAUUCAAAAACCUCCAUUUGACAAUUCCACUGGAAGCAGAGGCAGUCAAAACAAUUCAGUUGAUAAUGGACCCACUACCAUCCAUGAAACUGAUAUCCAAAAAACAUUGUUUGACAAGGUUACAGUUAAAAAGGACAGUCAAAACAAUUCAACUGGCAAUGUUACAAGAAGCAGGGACAAAAACCCACUCGUGCAGUCAAAUAAAUCCAAGAGAAAGAAAGAGGCCAAAGUCCCUAUGCGGUUGUCAAAGCGACUUGCUGGCCUUGAACCAGAGGCAAGUCCAUCUGAUAAAGCUCUUGAGUAUUCCAGUAGAAAAUCAUGCAAAGAAGAACCCAGUGCAAGUGCAACUGUACUUUUAACUAAUGGAGCGUCUCACCAUCUUUAUGCUGGGGAAGAAACCAAGCUUACUCAUAAUGAGUCUGACAGUUUGAAACCAGAAGUGGUAGGAGAAUCGUCAAGAAAGAGAAGUAAGUCAUAUGAUGCCCAAACUGUUCCCAAGGAACAACAUUUGGAGAAAGUUGAAGCUAAAAGUAUUGGUGAUGAUAGAUCAAAGCACCCCUUACCAUUUGGGGAAUCUUGGUCAGACCCCUGCCUAGAAUUUGCAUUCAAGACUCUCACUGGUGCUUUGCCAGUUGAUUCUGCUGCACAGAUUUUUAAAGUAACAACUCCUGAUGUGAAUGACCCGCCAAACAGUGAAUUGCAUGGGAGAGCGAAAACCAGCAUUAAUGGAAAAGCUCGUGACAACUCAAACCAAUCCCAGAACAAGAAAGGGUGUAAUAUGAAUGGCCAGCCUUCAGAGCUACUGCUUGGGCAACUUGAGUUGAGGACUAGCUCCAUAUCUGGCAAAAAUGUGCCUAAAUUUAAUACUGGAGAAUCUCAUAGUCAUGAAAGCAACAUAAUAAGGAAUUUGUUUGAAGAACCUCUGUAUGUUGAUGACCCGCGAAAUAAUGAAUUGCAUGGGCGAGUGACAACCAGCAUUAAUGGGAAAUCUCACGACAACUCAAACCAAUCCCAGAACAAGAAAGAGCAUAAUAUGAAUGGCCAGCCUUCAGAGCUACUGCUUGGGCAACCUGAGUUAAGGACUAGCUCCAUAUCUAGCAACAAUGUGCCUAAACUUACUACUGAAGAUUCUCAUAGUCAUGAAAGCAACAUAAUAAGGAGUUUGUUUGGAGAAUAUGUUGAUGACCCGCCAAAUAAUGAAUUGCAUGGGAGAGCGACAACCAUUAUUAAUGGAGAAGCUCACGACAACUCAAACCCAUCCCAGAUCAAGAAAGAGCGUAAUAUGGAUGGCCAGCCUUCAGAGCUACUGCUUGGGCAACCUGAGUUGAGGACUACCUCCAUAUCUGGCGAAGAUGUGCCUAAAUUUACUACUGGAGAAUCUCAUAAUCAUGAAAGCAACAUAAUAAGGAGUUUGUUUGGAGAACCUCUAUAUGUUGAAGCUGGAAACCCAACCCAACUUUUACACCAUCCUAGAACUAAUGGAAACUCACAAAUACAUGAAGAGCCAAUUAAAAAUAAUGGGCAGGUUGCUGAGGGUGAAUUUAGAACAACAGAGCCACCAUCUCCUCUUCAAACUGAAACAUUAAACCACGACAAUGCUGAAUUACAGUUCUGUGAGUCAUUUAUGAAUUCUUGGUCAGACCCAUGCCUAGAAUUUGCAUUUAAGACUCUUACAGGCGUGAUUCCAGUAGAGGAAAAUUUAGCAAUUCAAGGGAGUAUCGAGGAACCUGCUAACUUUCAUGAAGGAAGGGAUGGUGGGUUGGCAUUGCCAGAUUUUGGAUCUUCCAGUUUUUCUCAAAGUGAUUUCUCAUUUCACUAUGAUACAGGAGUGAACCCCAUGCCAGGGCAGCAGUCAUCAAUGAGCUCUUCAUUCCCAUCUCUAAGCCUGCAUGGCUGUUCCGGAGUUGAUCCCCAACAACAGUAUUCUCAGUGCAAUAUUAAUUUUCAAAGAAGGUAAACUCGUACAUUUGUAGUUGGUCCCGGGAUAACUGUUAUUAAUAUCUGUUUGUACUUUUAUUGACUACCGAAUCAUUCUCGUAAAGAACUCUUGUUUCCCGGGUAUCUGUGAAUACAUUCUGGUGUUUUGCAAUGUUGUUGAGAAUGUGUAGUCUAGGUAAGUAAAAUGCUAGGAGGUUCAGGAGUCAGUCCAACAGCUGUUGUAAACCGUUAUCCUUUACUAUGCUAUCCAACAACUGUAGUAUUAUGUAUAUCCAUUGUUAUUAUAUGCUUCAAGGUAGUAUCCUCCCCUGGAGGGAAUGGUAUAAAAGCCAUCAGCUUCAAGCCAUGCUUUCAAGAAAUGACUAUACCAGCUCAUUUUAAUGUGUUAAUAGGGCUACUAUUUGCAUGGUUCCGAAACAUUAUAUAACUUGAGUGUUAAUUAAUGUGUUAUUAUCAUAGAGUAGUUCUAA